AUGUCGUCAGCCCUAGUCCCGCUCCUGGUACCGGAGAGACUCGUCACUCUUACCCAGCUCUGCCAAACUGUUCAUGGCCACCUUCGCAUGGACGAUGCGAGCGCAAAAGCCAAUCUUCUUUCCAAGACACUGUGCUCCGGAUUCGGUUCGUUCGUCAGGAUGUCUACUCAUUGCCCCUGUCCAGCGAAGACAUUCCACCCUGUGAUGGUUUGCCAGAGAGGUGGAUUUGGAGCAGAGUCACACCCGUGUGUGGGAUGUGGUGUUAACACUUGCGACGAGUGCCGCAUCCAUGUUUUCUACAACUUCAUGACAGACGAUUCUGGGCUCGAUCAGCGUCGAUGGUGGGCAGGCUACUACUUCCUCAACCCCACGGCUGUUGCAGUAUAUCCACCUAAGAACUCCGAUGGCAGCGCCUGGCAUCUACCUGUCAAGGAGAUGCUACCUCGCCAUGACCAGGGCCGCGUGCACAUUCCCCUAGAUAUCGGUGCUCUAGGCGAUCCCGAGCCGAUUGAGCCGAUUCUCGAUCUGAAUUUGGGCACCCACCAGUUCAUCAGUCCCCGUGGGCGUACACAAUUCCCCUACUCUGGCAAUAACAUCGUCUCAUUUCUCAAUCUGACUGUCAACAAGCGCAAAGACCUCGCAUGCCCUUCCUGUUAUCUGGAACGCCAGAAUCAAGGUGUGGCGCCUUGUUCCUGCACCCUACGGAAGCGCUUCCUAGACCGAUGGUUGUGUAUGCACUGCUACAUCGAGGAGGUAAACGUUGAUGACAAGCUACGCUGCCAUGUUGUAAAAGCAAGCGAGGUCGGACAAGGCCACAUCCAUGUGUGUAGCUGCGGAACGGAGUUCACACCAGACAUCAUGCCAAAAGUCAUGUGCAACUGGUGCAAAGGCGAGAUCACAGAGCUCGAGCAGGGCACCGAGGAUGAUGCCACCAGUGAGAACGCCGAAUAUAACAGCGAAGAAGAAGAAGAGGAACUCGAGAACGGAGAUGACGAGGAGGACCAUUCGGCGGCUGACUUUGCGGGUCUACCUCUAGACGAGUUUGGCUACGCUGAGAACCGCGACGGGUCUCUUUCGGUGUACGUGAACGGCGAGUGCAUCCGCGGAGAACGUUUGGGACGAGCUAUGAUCCGCCAGUGGAAGAGAAUCCAGGGUGAGCACGUUGAAUGUACUUGCUGUAUCUGCGACGAGAAGGACUCUAUGCAUGCUCACGCGGGGGACGUUUCAGAGGACGAGGACGAGGACGAAGGCGAGGACGAAGAUGGCGACGAUGACGAUGACGAUGAUCUACCAGAUCUGGAAGACGUCGAGUCAGCUGCUGGCUUCGAAGAUCCAUGGGGACUGGACUAA